GCCGGCCGCCCCUCCCCCAGCGCGGGCCGCGAGGGGUGACAGGGGCCCGUCCCCGCGCCGCGCCCGGCCCGCCGCCCCGCCCCGCCCCGCGUGCCGGCGGCCCCUGCGGCUCUGCCUUCAUAGUUCUUUGCCUUUAUGCAAAACUGUAGAAAAUGAACAAAUCUGAGGGAUCUGUUUCUUUUACGGAUGUAACAGUGGAUUUCACCCAGGAGGAGUGGGAGCAGCUGGACCCCGCUCAGAAGAUCCUAUACAUGGACGUGAUGCUGGAGAAUUAUAGCAACUUACUGUCAGUAGAAGUAUGGAAGGCUGAUGACCAGGUGGAGAGGAAGCACAGAAACCCAGAUGAGCAGGCAAGACAAUCUGUCAUCCUCAAGAAUCAAAGCCCAAUUGAGAACAGAGGUGACCUCUCUGAGAAAACAUUUGAUCUCAGCACAGACUUUGUUUCUUUAAGACAGGUACCCUAUAAAUACGACUUAUAUGAAAAGUCCUUGAAGUACAACUCAGAAUUACUUAAUAGUAAUAAAAGCUAUCUAAGAAAGCAAACUGACAAUGAGUAUGAUGGGUUUGGGAAAGCACUCGUCUAUCUGAAGCAAGAGAAAACCCAUUCUGGAGUGGAAUACUCUGAUUAUAAUAAAAUUGAGAAAGCCUUCAGUCAUAAAGAAGCCAUUUUUAAACAUCAGAAGAUUAGAAAUUUGGUGCAGCCCUUUAUUUGUAAUUAUUGUGACAAAGCUUUUUCCUUUAAAUCACUCCUUAUUAGUCAUAAGAGAAUACAUACUGGAGAAAAGCCUUAUGAAUGUAACGUGUGUAAGAAAACCUUCUCCCAUAAGGCAAACCUCAUUAAACAUCAAAGAAUUCAUACCGGGGAGAAGCCUUUUGAAUGCCUUGAAUGUGGAAAAGCUUUCACUCACCAGUCAAACCUCAUCGUACACCAGAGGGCACACAUGGAAAAGAAGCCCUAUGGGUGCAGUGAAUGUGGCAAGACCUUUGCCCAGAAGUUUGAACUUACCACGCACCAGAGAAUUCACACAGGAGAGCGACCCUAUGAGUGCAGUGAAUGUGCAAAAACUUUCUUCAAGAAAUCAAACCUAAUCAUCCACCAGAAAAUUCACACAGGGGAGAAACGCUAUGAGUGCAGUGAAUGUGGAAAGUCCUUUAUCCAGAACUCACAACUUAUUAUACACAUGAGGACACACACAGGAGAGAAGCCGUAUGAAUGUACUGAAUGUGGUAAGACAUUCAGCCAGAGGUCAACUCUCAGACUGCAUUUACGAAUUCACACGGGAGAGAAACCCUACGAGUGUUCGGAGUGCGGGAAGGCCUUCAGCCGCAAGUCUCGGCUCAGCGUCCAUCAGAGAGUUCACAUAGGGGACAAACCCUGAGACUGCCACCUUCCCUGGAGGAGAAACCUCAGGAAGGUACUGAAGAAACACAGAAAUUCACAACGAGAUAUGGUCUGUAAACUAAGAAAUAGAAAAGAAUAUGAUACUGAAGUCAGAUAUAGUACAUAUCUGAGUAAAUGGCUAAAGAGUACAUAUCAGGAUAUAAACAGCCAUGCCUAGCUGUUUUACAAACUUUCCAAAUUCUUGAUUUAUUUAAGAAUGAAAUAUUCUGGGAAUUGGCAUAGAGGAUCUACAAACUGUACCCUUGGAAUGUAGUGGCUGUGUUAAAUUAUGUCACAAAAAUGCAAAUUGUGUGUUGAUUUGCAUAUGAGGGUUUACAGUCGCCGAGAAUUGGAAAGCUUUGUCCUGUGAUGAUUAGGACACAUCAAGCAAAACUUUUAUACCUGAUGUCCUGUGUUCUUCAGUACCCUUUACAACCCAGUAUGCAUUCCAAAUGAAGUGUCUGAGGGUCUUUUCGGUACCUGGAAGAUGUCCUCCCUACUGCUGGAGGGCGCCACAGGGUGGUGCUGCAUCUUGAGUAGACAGAAGACUCCGUUGACACUUUAACCUAGGUGGAGGAUUUGCUGGCAUUUGCACAAAUAUGCAAAUAUGAUGUAAUUAAGAGAUUCGGAGAGUGAAAGGUGGCAGCUGUGGCCUGUAUGGCACCACCUGAUGGAAAUGGCUCUGAGGAGAAGACCUACAUCUCAGCCGCUUCCACCCGUUGGUGGGGUAUUUCCUUACAAAUAUGCAUGACUUGUGUCCAAACAUUUAUAACUCAGAACGGUUUGUAUUUUUGUGUAUUUCUCAUUUCUCUCAUACUUCAUGAAUUUUAUGAAUUGUCUUGCAGAAAGUAGGAUACAAAAAUAGUUCCCAUGUAUGAUAUUUCAGAUAAUUUAGAGCAAAAUUUUAAGAAACUCAUUAAAUAUGUUACCUUUUUAAAUGUCCACAUUUUAUUUUAGAAAUAAAAAUCUGCUAUUUUCUAUUUAAAGUAGGCAUUUCCACUUCCUUGAGUCUUCAAAGAAUUUCUCUUUGAAGCCUGAGAGUGUAUUUAAAGUAUUUUAAAGAAUCACAAACACUAAAACUAGACUUCUUGGGGUCAGAGUGAUAGCACAGUGAGUAGGGCAUUUGCCUCGCACAGAGCCAACCCAGGUUCGAUCCCUGGCAUCUCAUAUCG